GACUUGACUGGCCAGUUGGGGGCAAACUGCACCAGUUCUAUAUAUGGUCUAAGCUUCCAUAACAGUCACAGCCAUCUCUCCCCCAGUAUCGUCAUGUGCCUCCUACAUCGUUAAAUUGACAAAGUCUGCUAACGCAAAAACUUGAGAAAAAGUUCACCCAUCCGAGAAAAAUCAAUUUCCUGUUCAAAGAUUUGGAAGAUAGACCUGCCUCGAAGAUAUGGUAGUAGUAGAGCCUAUUGUCAACGGUAUUUUUGGCAGUAGACAUCAGUAAGAUCCCAGCUUUAUUGUCAACGGAUAAAUUCUAUCUACCAUGAAGAGGGCAAUGUCAUGGAAUGAGCAGAUUGAUGUUAUAUCGUCAGAUGAUUCUUCUUCCUCAGACUCAGAGAUAGAAGUCAAUGAUGGGUGUGAUCAAAAGCUUCCAGACAACCAGUGGUGCGAUGGCAAGCAGCCAGACAAUAAUGAGAGUGAUGGCAAGCAGCCGAUGAAUAAUGUGGCAUUAGAUCAACUUGCCAAAGAAAUAACACCUGAAGAUGCAUUAGUCAGAAGGGCAGAAAUGUAUCAGGUAUACAUGAAGCAAAUUCCAAUUCCAACGCACCGUGGUUCUGUCAUUCCAUUUAACACAUGGAUGGGAUUAGGCAAAUCCAUUAAGCAGUUAUAUGGUCAGCCCUUGCACUACCUCACCAAUAGUCUCCUACGACAGUGGGACCAACUGAGGAUUGGCAGUGAGGAUGAAAAUAAGCCUUUGGAUACCAUAAUUCACCCUUGUAAAGCUGAGGCCACCAUCUGGCUUAUGGAAGAAGUCCAUCGGCACACCUCUUCACAUCUUCAUCUAGCCAAAAUCUGGCAUUUUGACCCGAUGCACCAUACUUUUGUUGAUAACAUUUUCCCACAAUUAUGAACCACAUUUUGGAAGGCCAGGGCCUUGAGUUUUUACCUGCCAUGUGCUGGUUCUGUAAAAUGUCAUUUAGGUUCCUCAGAUUUGUUCAGGAUCUGUAUCUCAGUAGUAUGAAGAAAACAUUCUCCCUUCCUUUCCAGUGCAUGUAAUCUUUUACUCUUGGCAAAACUGUCAUUGGAAAGAAUCAAGAAUGAAUUAUAUCGCUUUU